AUGGUCGUCGUUUCGAAGACCGACAACGACUCCUCUUCUCACCAAGCCAAGCGCAGCAGUAGCGACGCUCCAGCGUACUCCCCUUCAGCUCAAGAUGACGAGACAACACACGAGUCCUGGUCUCCUUCUGUGCGAGAGUCCAGCCUCUUGCUGAGGGAGUCCGGGUACGUCGACGUUCGUGGGGACCAAGCACCCGCGGGGCAGACAACUCCCCUGAUCCAUGGCUCCGCCGCAUCUCCCUCCAUGGCGUCUGCCCAUACCAACAGCACGAGUGAACAGCCCUUUAUUUCCCGCGUUUCAACAGUUUUCGCCGCUGCUUUCUCGACUCCCUCUCGAGGCUUCCCCUUGUUCGCCGUUCCGUUGGACGAAGAGGAAGAUAACGGAGCGCUUGGUGGAGACGACGGAAAUUUGUCGCUGCCCUCGCACCAGUCGGGACACUCGCCCUCCUGCACAUGUUCCCGUGCUGCGCAAACCGAGGCUCCCGCGUUCGAUUGGAACAAGCCAUACUGGAAGAAGUACUUCCGCCCAAUGCGCACUCUGUCCUACUAUAAGCCUCUGAUCCACCUAGCGCUGUUGGACUUUAUAUUUGCAUUGUCGGCAUGGUCGUACCUCAUCACAUGUAUCACCACCGGCGUGUCACUCUUAUUUGCCCUCCCAUUGGGCCUGAUUUUCUGCUUCCUGACUGUCCUUGGUGCACGAGUAUUCGCCCGAGCUGAGCUCGCCUUGCAAACCUACUUUCACGGCCCGCCGGUGGUCGACAGCCCGUACUGCCCUUACACCAUCUUCACCCGGUACCGUAUCGUCAAACAUGAAGAGCUCGAGGCCGGACAGUGCGAUGGCAAUACAAGACUCAAAGAGACCUCGUUUUUGAAGAACACUCGGUCGAUGUUCUUUGACCCGACGUCGUACCAGGCUCUCUUCUACUUCAUCGUGAUCAAGCCAGCGAUUUGCCUCUCUUUAACUCUAUUCCUCCUGACCGUAACACCGAUAUCAUUCGUCCUGGUUCUCCCGGCGCCAUUCUUACUCAAGACUACAAGACGUAUCGGGGUGUGGCAGGCUAAUAUUGCUGUGGAAGGCUUGAUGGGCUCUGAAUGGACAUGGUAUAUAUUCCUCUCAAUUUCAAAGGUUAAGGAAGGUAACCGCGCCGUCGACAUGCCCACCAAUAACGAAAAUAACGAAGGACCUGCGCCAGAAUACACCCCAUCCAAUUCCGAUUCCUUGUCAACUUCGAAGGAUACCAAUUCUGCUGGGAUCUCCGCGCCGGAAGUUGGUGCACCAUCUGGCGGACGGACAGUGGCACCGAAUACGACUGUAGUUUCUUCACCUGAGGCAUCCACGCUACCCCGCGUAAUAGUGAACCACUUGCAGCCGUCCAUGCCCAUAGAACCUACUAGCCCAACCUUCACUAUCCCUUCGAGAAGCUAUCAGUUGUUUGCGCUGCCGCUCGAGGAAGAGGACGACAACGUUGGUGACAUGACGGUCGAAGAAGGCGAUGAUUCGGGGCCUGUACGUACGCCGAAGAGAUCAAAAUCCAUCUGGACAACAAAAUAUUGGAAGAGAUAUUUCCGCCCCAUGUUCGCAAAAUCGUAUUACAAGGCCUUCGUCCAUGUCGCCCUAUUGGAUUCUGUAUUUGCGUUCCUCGCAUGGUUUUUCAUCGUCAUGUGCAUCACGUAUUCAUCCGCAAGUCCAAGGCCAUACGUGCCGUUGUUCGUAACCCUGCCCGUAUUCAUCCUCACCUGUUUUGUCGUCGUUUUGGGUUCGCGCAUACUCGCCCGAAUCGAGCUUGCCUCCCAAACCUUCUUCCACGGCCCCACUGUCGUUGACAGCCCCUAUCGUCCCUAUCGCAUCUUUACUCGAUAUAGGGCAGCUGAGGCAGAAGACGUUGAGAUGGGACAUCGCACUGAUGGUGGCGAAAUCAAAGAGACUUCGUUCUUGAUGAAUACUCGCUCGAUGUUCCUGGACCGGACGUCGUAUCAAGCGCUGUUCUACUUCCUCCUCCUCAAACCUGCAAUUCGUUUGGUGUUGUCUAUUUUCUUCGCCGUCGCCGCCCCAAUAUCGUUCGCUCUGAUUGUCCCUAUCCCGCUGUUACUGAGGACCGCACGACGCAUCGGAAUAUGGCAGGCCAACGUGGCCGUGGAGGGUCUAAUGCGCGUUGAGUGGCAUUAUAGAAGACUGACCACAGAGUGA